GUAGUUCGUCGUUGGCGUGGACGUUUCGCGGUCCGUGGCGUUCCGACGGCGGUUUUUCGCGUCUUCUUCGAUGGAGAAAGGGGGCAGUCGGCAAGAGAACCGCGAAAUCCAGCUCCAUUCCUCACGAAACUCGAGUCUAGUUAGUGAAAUAGUGCGUCCAACAUGGUGGCCCGCACCGUAGGGCAACGGUGAGAAAAUAUUUGAGCGUUUCGCGAGCGUACCGUCCGUCAACUUCUCAAUAGCGAUGCUUUUCGAUAGGCCUGUGAGACGGCAAUGACGAAAUCCGAUUAUAAACUGUAUGAAAACGCUUCUAGAGGCCUUGGCAUAUGACAUCACCGGACGAUCAUUCGGAAUAUGAUGAACAUAGUUGCUGCACAAAAGGAAGGCAACUUGGAAAACCAGCCAUCUAGCCUUUUGCACAAGAUCAAUAGCCUCAAAGCAUCAUUGCCUGGGCCGCAACAAUAGCCUCUGGCUAGGCCUACAUCACCAUUGUGAUUAAAGUGAUUGUGGUUAAAGACUUACAACGGGUUGGCUUGCAAUUCGCUUCUCAUCUAACGCAUUCAACAUGACCAUGGGUUUUCCCCAUUAUAUUUAUUUCACUUCACGUCUUAAGUGGGCCUGACACUUAAGCUGGCUCUACAUUCUUCCAACUCUCAUUUAAUCAGCAAGACCCAAGAGGCCUGGCCUAGGCCUUUAAAGUAACUCUAUCGGAACCUAUUCUACCUCACUGUCGGGAAUCAGCCCCUAAUCGCUGGCAGCAUGGGAAUAACCGAGCCGACUUCUGGUCGUCUGUUCCGGGGAGGAACGACAGGGAUGACCCCAUGGGAACUAUCAGAAUUCGACGACAUGGCUUCAGCCCUUGUCGUGGACCCGUAUCUUGGGUUCCAAACCCACAAAAUGAACAUCAAGUACAGACCACCGAAAGUGAACAAAGAAGAAUUGAAGUCUGUUGUCCUGAAAUUCAUGGCUCAUCAAGACUACAGUCUAGCUGUCAAAGAAUUUGAAGAGAUGGAUGGGGUGAAGAAGUAUUUUUCCAUGAAGAACAAGCAUCAGCUGCAGCUACUAAAAGAGCAUAUAUAUCGGUAUCUGAGGAUGUUCGACAAAGAUGCUGGGUUCACCAUUGAACCGUGUAGUCGGUAUUCCAUGGAAGGUCAUCUUGGUGGAAAAAUCACAUCCACAAAGCGAUGGGAUAAAAACGACAGGAUCCCUGCCUUGGAAGGGUGCAUAGGAGAGCUGGCCGAAGACGAGGAAGCUCAACUCCUUCAUCCAGGGAAGAAUGAUUUCUCUGUCAUGUAUUCAUGUCGGAAGAAUUGCGCCCAGCUCUGGCUUGGACCUGCGGCUUACAUCAACCAUGACUGUCGGGCCAAUUGCAAGUUUGUGGCAACUGGGAGAGACACAGCAUGUGUGAAAGUCCUUCGUGACAUUCAGAUUGGAGAAGAAAUAACAUGCUUUUAUGGAGAAGACUUCUUUGGGGACAGUAACUGUCUCUGUGAGUGUGAAACUUGUGAAAGACGUGGGACGGGGGCAUUCGCUCGUAAUGCCAAUCACCAGAGCCCAAGCCAAGGGGGAUACCGGCUGCGAGAGACCCAAACACGUUUGGUGCGAACAAAGGUCGAUCGCCCGCCCCCCAAGCCGCCUCUUAAUCCUAUAUCCCCUGUAAAGACCUUGAAUGUGAGCUUGGACGACAUGCGCAAGAAGGGCUUGACUCGCUACGACCGAGAGCUCCUGCUGGCCCAGGGCUACAAGUUCACGAACGAUGCCUUGAACGAAGCCAGGGGAAGAGAGAAAGGUGGGAAGCCCGAUCUCAGGACUCGGGGACCAAAGGACCAAAGGCAAGAAGAAAUGACAGCACAGGAUGCCCCUGCAAAUCCUCAGCCCUGCACCUGCAGAGAUCCAAAGUGUGCUCAUUCCAUCGACUCUGCCGAGGCGAUGUUGAGAAGCGAAGAAUCGGACAUCCUGGACAUGGUGCAGCCGGUCUCUACGUCGGACGGUGGAAGUUCGGAGGAUGGGAUCCAGUUGCGCAGCAAACGCAUCGUGGGGGAUCGACCCCAGAAGUCCAGUGACGAUCGGAAGAUAUGGAAGGCCAAGAACAAAGAGGAAUCUCAGCACGGAGGGAAGCAGGUGUUCCGCCGGUUGCCCAACACGUGGGACGUGCAGUUGAACAAGGUAUCUGCCAAGAGGAUCGGGAGCAGACGACUCAGGGAAGGCACUGGCUCGGCCAUGCCGCACGAAAGCCACACCAAAGAUGUGUACGACUUCGAGGACUCGGACUCCGAGGACACCGGAAACAUGACGAGGCUGUCGAACGUUCUGUCGUCGGGGAGUCCUCAACCAUUCCAAACGACCCAGCGUUGGGACGAGGACAGUUCGGAUUCGUCGACCCCACGAAAGGUGAAACUGACUCUCCGGAUGAAGCGCAGCCCUGUGUUAGACGAGGUGAUCGCAUGCGGUCACAGCUUCCCCUCGCGGAGACGGAAGCUCUUCGAGCCGGAAUACGAGGUCCUGCGCCUCGAGGGUCUCAGCGACCACAGCGACGUCGAAGCCGCGGACGACGAGAACCAAACUCCCGCCAAAGACCAGGCCCAACCCCGUUCUUCCAAAUUCUCCCCCAAACGACUGAAGCUUAAGUUUGGGAACGAAACCCACAGCAUCAUCAACAUCCCUACCAGUGAUGAAGACAUCUGAUCCCAUGGCAACCCCCCCCCCCCCUUAAUCUGUUAUUCAGAGCAAAAGAGUUUCGACUAUCGAAGAAGGGAGAUGCGUCGUGCUCCCUACCGGGUGAUAUUUGUUCUUUCAAAAUGUGUUCAGCGAAUUUCUUGAUCUUGUGGAUCAUCACUUCAUCUCAUCCACUGUUGAUAUUUUACUGUCUUCAGUGAUCAAAUCCUCAAAAUGGAUGCCGCUCCAUGUUUUAUCCUCUCUGUAGAAGUCUUUCUUAUCCUAAUUUGACGGUUUCGCUUUACAUACAUGGUCCAGGGAACUAUCUACAUAUCUCUCUCUCCUCUUCGUUCGUUCUGCCCUCGGGGGCAGAUUUCCAAUCGCUCUCAUUUUGUCUCAUGUUUUUCCUCUUAGGAUCCACCCCCUCGAAGGUUGUCCCCUUUUUUUGUGCUGUAAUAAAUAGAUUCCUG